AUGGGAGCUAUCUCGAAAGGCACUGAUCCGUUUCUGUCGUUGAGCAUGUGUAAUGCAACUAUCAAAGUCCCGCCCAGCUUGUUGUUCCAAGUUGGAACACUUCAACGUGUUGAUACAGAUGAGGGCAUUGUUGCUGGUGGCGAUAAACCUUCUAAUCUUAAAAUAUCGGGAGAGAAACUUGAAGAUAUACACAUCAGGCUGCGGACUAAUUCGUCCGGCCAAUCGUGGAACAUUGUUGCUCCAAACCUUACAUAUUUGGAAUGGAUUGGGAACACAAUCAAUCACCAGCUGGGGAAAUUAUUGCAUUUGGAAAAAGGCGAGAUUUGUCUGGUUGCUGAUCACAAUAGCUUUGGCAAGGUGUUUGAGGUUUUUCGGAGCGGGCCAAUGCCAUUAGAUGAUGUUUCUUAUUUGUGUAUCACCAUUGGAAGCUUUAAGGAUCACUUAGCCCCUGAAUUAGCUUAUCUUUUUAGGAGAAUGCCUAACUUGAGUACUUUGCGCAUGAAGUGCAAUCCACUGCCCGAAUCCCACAUAACAGAGGAUCAUUCAGGGCAGGGGAGAUGCAUAAGCUGCCUAGACAGAGUGUUGGAGUUCAUAUUACCUAAGAGGAGAAGGAGGACGGUAGACAGAUUUAGUGAUCUUCCAGAGGGAGUUGCUCAUUACAUUCUUUAA